AUGACCACACCUAGCAUCUCCUUUGUGAGCCUCGGAUUGGUGGUUCUCGAUGAGAUUCGCUUUCCUAAUCAAGAACCAUUAAUUAAUGUCGUCGGUGGCUCUGGGGCCUACGCUACGCUUGGAGCCCGUUUGUUUCUUCCUAUUCCACUAAGUCGUUCUCUGGGAUGGCUGCCGCAUAUUGGAAAUGACUUUCCUGAAUCAACGAUACGAUAUCUUACGAGCAAAUGGGAUACAACAUUGAUAAUUGACAAGGAAACUGAUAAGCCAUCGACAAGAGGCUUGCUUGAAUAUAAAGAUACUACAUUUGGACCCAAGGACUUUAAAUACACAACCCCAAUCCUCCAAGUCCAGAUAAACAGCCUGAAGGGCACCCCACUCCUGGAAUCAAAGGCCUACCACUAUCUCGAAACGCCGCAAAACAUUAUAAACCGAGUCUCAGAUCUUCUGAGUGUUAGGAAAAGCGAAGCCGUACCAGAGCGGCCUUUGAUUAUCUGGGAACCUGCUCCUCCGUCCUGCAGGGUAGAGAACUUGCAACCAUGCCUUGAAGCCGUACAUACUGUCGAUGUAUUCUCACCAAACCACCUGGAGUUAGCGGCCUUCUUCGGAGACCCGCCACCAUCCGCCCUGGAUAAGGGGAAGAUUGAGUCUUUGGCGCUAAGGUUUCUGGACAAUGGCGUUGGCCCGGAUGGAAAGGGGACUGUGAUUAUCCGAGCUGGAGAGUAUGGAUGUUUUAUCUGCGCACGCCAUCUCUCACCUUCUUGGCUGCCUCCGUUUUAUAAACACGGUCCAAGAGAAGAGCAUAAUAGCAAAGUCGUUGAUCCAACUGGGGCAGGGAAUGCAUUCCUAGGGGCGUAUGCGAUUGGAUACCUUAAUACGGGAAAUGGUAUGGAGGCUGCUUGCUAUGGUUCAGUUGGAGCGUCGUUUGCGCUGGAGCAAGUUGGGAUGCCUGACAUAAGGACGGAUAUAUCAGGAGAGCUAUGGAAUGGGGAAUCUGUUCGCUCGCGAUUGAAACUGUAUCGAGAGGCUGUUGGAAGAGGCACUUCAACGUAG